AGGUUGUGUUUGGGGCCUGCUGGCACCAAGUAGGCAUAAAGGGCCUGGGACUGGCCUGGAGACGUUCAGAGCAACAUCGAGGCUAUCCCUAUAACCCAGGCCUCUCGGUAUGAUAUGCCACAAGUCGCACAUUGGACGGCCGUGGAUUAGGGAGCUAUUGCUGAGAUACGGAGCAGCCAAGAGCCGACAGCGGCCGGUGGCAGCUCAGGUCACUGAGUGUGUUCUACCUGAGAACUGGACUAAAGAAGCUGAACAUGAACCUGCUGCUGUUGUCCAAGUAUCAGAUCCCAAAUAUUACAUUAAGGCUGUGGUGACAAAGGGAGCCAAACGUGACCUAGAGCACGAGGAAGAAAAUUAUACGUUCAGUGACAUCAAAAACAAAAUUGUUAUUUUGAGAAAAUUCAAUGUUCUGCUCAGAUUGGAACUGGAGCUGGAAGAUUGUGAAUUCUAUCUUGUAGUUCAGGAGUUGAAGAUCCUGCCAGCAGAAACAGAUUUUUCUGAAGCAUGUUCAUGCAACUUGGAUCCUGCUGUGCAGAAGAAGUUGAGAGAAUUCUGGCAAAGCCAUGUGAAUAACAUGACAGAGCAAAAAGGAUCAUUUUCUGGUCUCUGUUUAUCAAAUCUGAUAGCUGCAGUAGAGGAUGAAGAUAAUUCAUUAAAAAACGCAGUUGAAUUCUGUCUUGAUUUAACUGAUGGUUCCAAAGCUUCAACAUCUACAUCAUCCUUUUUGUUACCAUCAAUUAAUCCACCUACAGGAUGGAAAACUUUGAGCAGAAAAGAUAAGAACAACAAAGAUGUUUUCACUAUUCCCGAAGCUAUGCUUAUGAUUUCGUCUAAUCAAGAAGUAGUCUUAAAUAAUAUAAAAGAAUGGAAGGAUGAUUUUGUACACACUGAAAAUGAUGACUCUGAGGUGGAGCAUAAUGGUGACACAGAUGCGUUCUUAAAUAAUGCAGAUGAACAGGAAGCAGCAGUUUCACAGAAUCCUUGGAAUGCAGUAUCACCUGUGUGUCUUGCUGGGAUUCCAUCUUCAUGUGAAACUUGUGUUUCAUGUGCUUCAGAACCGUGUAAGAAGCAUGUUGGUAAAUGUGAUGGCCAGCUGUCUUCCAUAUUUUCUGAUAGUUCUGCCUACAGCAGGCAAGCCAUUGAGCCUCAGUUUCCUGAUAGCAGCAUGCAGGAUCCAGAGAAAUCAUUAGAGUUGUAUACAGAUGGAUCCCAGCAAGAACAGUUGCAUUCAGAAGUGCUGUUUGUUGCAAGCCCCUCGCACAUUCCAAACACAUCUGCAGACAGUGGAAGGGUCAGAACAAAUGUGACUGAGCCUGAGGAGCCACCUGUUAAUCUUGAUGAGGACAAGAUAGAGAAAACUCUAAAUUGCAGCAGGACUGCCUUCAAACGCUUGUUUAAAAAUAUAUCUCCUCUAUCUGUUGCAGCUAACAAUUACAGUAAUUUGAGUUGUGUGAGCCUGUUUAAAAACAUAGCCCCUGUGUUAUCAACAGCAGGAGGUAGUCGCACAAAUCUAAAUGGUGGCCCAUGUGGACCAAGUACAGUGGCAUACAAUUACUCAACAGCAGCCACAAACGAUGUGCUGGAAGCAGGAGAGCAGCAAACAAAUUAUUGUGAAGAUGAAGAGCCCUAUGCAAUCUUGAGAGCUGCAAAAAGGAAAAGGCAAUUUGUGGAUUCAGAGGAUGAAGGAGCUGGAAACCGAGUUAAGCCAGGCACUUCCUUAAAACAGACUGUGGCUGUAAGUGAGGAUCAGAACUCGUGGAACAUCAGUAGUGAUGAAACUUUCAUUGGAAAAGAUAAUUUUGAUGAAAUAACUAAUGAUGUCUGUCAGAUGAAUACCAUUACUAGCCAUGAAGAGUCUUGCAGAAGGCAAAAAGGUGGAAGGAAUACAAUGUUUAAAGAUGCUGAUUUGAGAAAUAUACCAGAAAACAAAAUGAGAAUGGUGUUAAAGUAUAAUGAACUUGAGUUUGUUUCUGAGAGACCAUCUGAACAAGUCAGAGAUUGUAGAAGAGAGGCAUCCUCAGAAGCUCCUGUUGUGCAGCCCACAAAGGAUGUCGCUGCUGGUGUGAAACAUGCACUUUCUCCAAAUGCUAAGCAGGACAAAGUUAAACCUCUGAGACAUCCUGAUGGAAGUCAAUUUUUGUACAGCUAUCCAGUGCCCAAUGCCGAGCUGAUCUCUCAGGUGAACUCUGUAAGGAUUCCAAAUGGGCUGCUGAAAUGGGCAAUUUCAUAUCUCGCUGGACCAAUUUUGACACAAGACUGACUGUUGUUCAUUGCUUGCAUGCAAUUAGUCAUUUAUUUUGUAGCAACUUGUGUUAAUGGGAUUGUUUGAAUUUUUUUAUAUUGAUCCAUGUUAGUUUAUUUAUUGCAGUAUUGAGUACAAUUACCACAGGUGUAAUAAUAAACCAACACACAUCAGGGAUACUGGUAUGACACUGCAUCCAUGGGCUGCUCUUGGCACCUCCUAGCUGUUGACUCAGCGGAGCUAUGGACUGGAACAGGCAUGCUGUCCAUACAUCUUCCCAGACAGAGAUGGUGCACAGCCCUGGAAGACUAGGAGGAUCGGAGAAACAUGAGAGAUUCCAUGCCUUUACUAAAAAAGAAAGUUUAAUUUCUGAGGGGAAUUUUGGAGCAAAUGAAAGAUUAGCUUUGUAUUGGAGGUUAUACUUAUCACAAUAGAUAACAAAUAUAACUGAAAUAGUUUCUUAUAUAUUAGUGCCUUGUUAUUAUUCAGAGCUGUUCAGCAGUGUAAUGUUUUUUUCUAUAUAUGUGACAUACACAGUGAAGUCCUUUUACUGUUCUUUGAUAGUAAAUAAAAACAAUAUUUUUAGUGAAUAUUUAAUUUUCUUUUAGAAGGCUGUUUUGCUAUCAAAUACCUACCAAGGUUUAAUGUGAAUUUGCUCAAACUUUGCUCUAACACUUAACCCUAAAUUCACCAUGAUACCUCUACAGCUACUGGUUUGUUCCAACAAUUUGUCACCUCCCCAUUUUAGUUUCUUAAUUUCAGCAAGGAGGUUGGGUGGUCAGCGGUGGGAAUAGCAUUGAGGGGGCAGGCGGGUGAUGAAUCACUGAAGCAGCUGUCUCCCUUGGACUUAAGGAAGCAGAAAUAAGGGCCAUUCCAGGGAAACAGCCAGGGUGAGAGAGGGUAAUGGUUUUCAUGGAGACUAGGGCAUCUAAGAUGAAGUUCAAGAUGUAAGUGGUUCAGCACAUGUAAGCUGCUUACCUGCAGUACUCCUAUUUACUUAUUUUAAUAGGAGUAUGUAUUAAAAAUGAGUCAAAUGUCAUUAAAAUAUAUUUGCCCUGUGCCAA